AUGGACUCAAUUAAUGUACUCAAAUAUAUGGAGAAAAGACAACUUGGCUAUACCGGAAUUAAAAGCAAAUUGAAUGACAUGUUUAUUGGACAAAUGGGUUAUAUACCUCAAACAUAUGAUGGCGCCUCGGAUUACCCCUUGGAUGACACAGGCAAUACAUAUAUUUAUAUUGGAAAUACUUUUGCUUGUAAGUUCAGUAGGAAUAAAAACAAUUCACACUUAGUUGGUAUUUCAACUGUUCACGGAGAAAUAAUUUUGGAAAAUACUAUAGGUCAUUAUAAUGAAAAAAAUAAUCAGUUUCAAAGAUAUUAUGUACACGACGAUUCUAUUUUUAACUUUGCAUGGGCCGAGCCACAAAUGAAAAUUAUAACGGCCUGUAGAGAUGGAUCCUCGAAGUUAUGUAGUUUCAGAUCAUCAGGGGUACUCGAUGAAGAAAGAAAAUUUAUUCAUUAUUCUGCUGUUAAAAGUGUAAUGUUUUGCCCUGGAUCUUCAGAUAUAUUUUGUUGUGGAUGCCAAGAUGGUUCAAUCAAAAUCUGGGAUGCACGUUUAUAUAACGAUAAAAUGGUUUUGGAGUGUGAUCAUAAUAAUAUAAGUAAUACACAUUAUAGCAUUUCUGGAACAAAAUUAAGCAUAAGUAAAUCAGAAAAAUGUUUUGGAGUAUCUUCUGUAAUAUUUAAUACUGAUCAAACUGUUAUAUCUUGUUCUUCGAUGGACCAUGAUAUAAAAUUAUGGGAUUUACGUAAAAGUUACCGCCAAGUACAAGGUAAUACAGAACAUCAACCACUCAUGAAAUAUUUUAAUGAAAUGAAAAUUUCACCACUAAAUAAUGGUUAUAUAGAUAUAAUAACAAAUCCUCAAUGUACUUUAAUGUAUGCGAGUUGUAAAAAUAAUGUUAUUUACUGUUAUUCAUUGGAUUCUACAGACACAAAGCCAAUAUGCCAAUACUCUGGUCAUUUAAAUGAAACUGGGUUCUCCAAAAUUAGUAUUAGUCAUGACGGCCGUUAUCUAUUUAGUAGUUGUAAGGAAAAUAACGGCGUUAUAUGGUUGACAGAUUUUCCAUAUAAUGAAAAUCCAAUGUUUAAAAUAGACAAAACUGAUGAGACAUUUCCUAAAUUAGAAUUGAGGGCUUCAGACUGGUGUGCAGAUCCAACAAGUACUAAAUUGGUAACAAGUAGUAAUUCGAUGCCAAUGGUGUGGUCAAUACAUGGCCCUGAACAAAAAAUAUCUGAAAAAUAUUCCAUUUGCCCAACUUCUUUCUAUCAAUCAAAAAAAUCUUAA